AUGUUUUGGCCAGACGACGUUAAACUUUCUAUUUUUUUCUUUAUAUUUCAUUUUCCGGCUUUCUUGGAUCAUUUAACUCUCUUUCUUGAACUCUUUUUUUUUUUUUUUCCUUUCUAUCUACUUUCUCUUCUUUACAUUAUUUCUACUAAUCUUCUAUCUUUUUUUUCCUUCCUUCUUGUUCUUCAUCUUCUUCUUUUUCUUCCUGUCUUCUUUUCUUUUUUCUUCGCCUCACCAUUUUUAACAGUACCAACUUCUUUCUUUUCUUCUUUCAUCCCUCUCUCUUUUGUUUUAUUCGUUAGUUUCUUUUCUCUUUUUUCCUUUCUUUCUAUCUUCUGUAAUUUCUGUCCUCAUCAUAUUCUUUUCUUUUCUUCUUUCUCUCCCUACUUAAACCUCACCUCAUUUAUUUCCUUCUGUUCUUUCACUCUCAUUUUUUACUUGCUUUUUCCUUUCCUAUUUUUUUCUCUUUUUUUCCCACUCUAUUUCAUUUACUCUUUCUCUAUUCCUAUCGUUUUUUUUUUCAAUUUCUUCUUUUCGUAUUUUCUUCCUUCGCCGCAUUUCUUUAUUUCGAUCAGAAUGCUUUUUUUCGUUCUUCCUAAAUUCAUUCUUACUCUAGUACUUUUUUUUUUCUUUCUGUUCAUUUUCUCGUUCUCUUUUCCCUUAUUUCUUCAUUUUUUUCUUCCUCUAUGUUUUUUAUCCCUCCUCCUCUUUUCUUCACUUCGUGUUUUUCUUUCUUUUUGUUCUCUUUCUUUUCUCUUCAUUAUUUCUCUUUUCCUUUUCACCUCUCUUCCUCCAUUUAUUCCACAUGUCUUUUCUUCCUUGAAUCUUUUACCUUUCUUUCUUCAUUUCAUUCUCAUUUUCUUUCUCCCUACUCUCUGUUAUAUCCAUGUUUUUCUUCUCUUUUACUUUUCUCCUCUUCCUUGUCUUUCUUUCAACUCUCCUUUAUUUCUUUCUGUUUUUUUUUCUUUCUUGAAUCUUUUACACUUUCUUCGUUCAUCAGUUCCUAUUUCUUUCUUCUUACUCUCUUUUUUUUUUACCUUUAUUCUUUCUAUUUUCCUUUUCUUUUCCUAUUUUUCUUUCUUUAUCUUUUUCCUCCUUUUUUCCUUCCAUAUUUUCUUUCUUCAUCCUUUUACACUUCUUUCUUUUUCCCAUUUCUAUUUUCUUUCUUUCUAUUCUUUUCUUUCAUUACUUUCUUUUCUCUUUCACCUUUUUUUUGUCUUUCUCACCCCCGUCUUUUCUUUCUUAGUUACAUUUUCAUUCUUUUCAUCUACCCUAUUUUCUUUCAUUCUUUCCACUUCUUCAUUUUGUACCUACCUCAAUCCUUUUUUUUUUAAAUUCAUAUAUCUUUCUUCAGCAUUUUUUUUUCAUUUUCUUUUUUCUUUCUUUUCUUUAUUGCAUUUUGCUAUUUUUCACACUUUCCUUUCUUUUCUUGAUCUUCCUCUAUUUCUCAUUUUAUUUCGAUUUCUUCUUCUUUUUUUCUUUUUUCCCUUCAUCAUCGUUCUCAUUCCUUCCCUUUUUCUUUUCUUUCUUCAAUGUUCCUUUCUGCUUCUUUUCACUCCAUCUUGUCGCUUCUCUUCUCUCUCUACUCCUUUCUAUAUUUCUUCUUCAUACCUUCUCACUCUAACUUCUCACCUGUUCACUUUUCCUUCUCGCUUACGUUUUCUGUCUACCCUUGACUCUUUCUGUAACGCCUUCCACUCAUACUCUUUCUUCCUUCAGUUUUCGAUACUCCCCACCCUGACUUUAUUUCAUCCUAUCUCCUCUUCUCCGUUUCCCACAUCUUCUCUAGGAAACUAUCUCUCCGCCCCCUCUUACGAUACUGCCUUUUCUCCGCCUCGUCCCAUCUUCUGUGCGAUCGACCCUUUCAGUCACCUGCUCUUCAAUUCGUAUGUAUGUAUGUAUGUAUGUAUGUAUCUAUCUAUCUAUCUAUAUCGGCCCGAUCUUUCUAUAUCAACUCGUAUGUAUGUAUGUAUGUAUGUAUGUAUCUAUCUAUCUAUCUAUCUAUCUAUCUAUCUCGGUCAGAUAUUUCUUUCUAAAUCAACUCGUAUCUAUCUAUCUAUCUAUCUAUCUAUCUAUCUAUCUAUCUCGGUCAGAUAUUUCUUUCUAAAUCAACUCGUAUCUAUCUAUCUAUCUAUCUAUCUAUCUAUCUAUCUAUCUAUCUAUCUCGGUCAGAUAUUUCUUUCUAAAUCAACUCGUAUCUAUCUAUCUAUCUAUCUAUCUAUCUAUCUAUCUAUCUCGGUCAGAUAUUUCUUUCUAAAUCAACUCGUAUCUAUCUAUCUAUCUAUCUAUCUAUCUAUCUAUCUAUCUCGGUCAGAUAUUUCUUUCUAA